GUCUUUGGCCAGGCCCCUCACUCAGCCCCAGGAACUUUUUGGAUGCGGUGGAGGGUUGGGCCAGAUCUGGCUCAGGUCUUACUCCUGGCUCUGAGCUCAAGGGGACCCUUUGUGGUGCUGGGGGUGGAACCCGAAUCGAAUGGAUGCAAGGCAGGUGCCUUACACUCUGCCGUAUCAAUCAGACCCAAACAAGUUUUCUCCUUUUCAAAGAGCCACCACACUUGCCUUACUCCUCUGUUCGGGGGUGUGGACUUCCCCAUGGGGUGCCAGGUAUUGAAACUGGGACUCACUUUCCUCCCGUUGGCCAGACCCUAUUGCCCUGCUUUCGUGAGGAGCAGCAGGGGUACCUGGAGGAAACCUUGACACAGUCUUGCCCGAGGCUCGCCCUAUCUUCCUGGGCAAGAAGGCAGGACUCGGCCUCUGGCCCAGUUCCCAACCCUGUCUUGUUGCCUGGCAACAGCUCUGUGUCUCUGACUGGGGACGCAGCAUGGCAGGAGGCAGUCGUGCCGCUAAGAAGAUAGUGGUGAACCGGAAUGGGGAUCCUUUCUCCCCAGGCCGCCGGCUGGUGGUGACCCAUCGCCGCUUCCCCACGCUGGAGACCUUCCUCUCUGAAGUGACUUCAGUGGUGCAGGCCCCGCUGGCAGUGCGAGCUCUUUAUACACCCUGCCAUGGGCACCCUGUCACCGACCUUGCGGACCUGCAGAAUGGAGGGCAGUAUGUGGCUGCAGGCUUCGAGCCAUUCCGCAAGCUCCACUACUUACCCCCUGGAGGGAAGGAGCCAGGUGGGAAGAGCAGCAGAUCACUGGCUCGGACUCAGGGUGCCUGUGAUGGGAGCAUUGGCCGGCGAGAGCAGGCAGGUACCCCCUGCUGUAUCCGGGUGUUCAGGAAUGGGGACCUACUGAGUCCCCCAUUUAGCCUGAAGCUGUCCCGGUCUGCCAGCGAGGACUGGGAGACGGUACUGAAGCUCCUGACAGAAAAGGCCAAGUUACAGAGCGGUGCUGUCUGCAGACUCUGUACCCUGGAGGGGCUCCCACUGUCUGCAGCAGAUGCCCUGGUGAGUGGCCGUUACUAUGUGGCUGUCGGAGAGGAGGAGUUCCAGGCCCUGCCCUAUGUGGAGCUGCUGGUGCCCGACCCCUCGAUGCCCAGGGGAUGCUGGCAUGCCCCAGGCCCGAAGUCUCGGUUCUACGAGCAGGAGGCCCGUGGCCCCAGGGUGUCGGCAACUCAGCUCUCUCCAGGGGAAUCCAGCGGACCUGAGCCGUCUGUUUUCUAUGCUAGACCCCAGCAGGCUGGCCAGCCAAGUAGUGAGCCCCCUAUUCUCUACACAGGAGCCAACGGAGUCUACAAUGCGCCCCACCCAAGGAGGGAGACAGCAGGGGUCCCAGAAGUCACAGAUGAUGAGGACACCAGGACAGAGGAACCCUUGGACCAGAGGGCCGCGGAGAUCGUGCAAGAGGCCCUGUCUCUGGAAAACCAGCCUGUGGUCGAAGCAUCUCUCUCAGCCUCAGCCCCUGCUUUGCCGUCCUGAAAGGGGGCACCUGUGGCCAGGACACAGCAGGACUCUGCCACCGCCUUUGUCCUCGGGCUCCAGCAGCUGGAUGGUUGGUUCCCGAGGGUCGAGUGCUCCCCCGGGCGCACAGGGUCCACGGCAGUCUCAGCCCUUCCCCUCUCCCACUCCCACCCCACAGCCCAGCUUGCCGCAUCCCUGUGCUGAGCAGCCCUGGUCACCGAGGCCACUUCCUUAUGGGGUUUCCUGGCUAGGAGACCAUAUACCACAGCUGGG